AUGAAAAAAAGAUCAAAUGUGACCUCCAAAUCAAUAAUUCCGAGUGCGAAUCUCCGAGAUGCUCAAGAUGCGAAGUUGCUGGGUAUGAAUGCCGGUAAUCGGGCUUCCAUCCGGCAUGGAAGCCUAGACGAUCCUGACGCGGUUGAUUCAUUGCCCAUUGUUUCUUUGCCAUACGACCCCACUUCUAAUUCGACACUGAGCAAUCAGGGCUUGGUUCAGGUUAAGGCUGAACCAUCUGCUCAGCUGGUAGUGCCAGAUGACCGAAUGGUCACAGAAAGCACUUCUUACUUCUCGGGGGGAGUUGGGAGGCAGCAACUCUCGUAUCCAAGUACGCCAGAAGGCAUUCGCCAAUCAACCUCCCAGCUUCUGUCAGCCCGGACGGCCUCGUUACCUGUGAAGACUCACGAUAGCGGGCAUGCCCAGAAUUCCUUGUAUUCUAGCGAAUCAAGUUUUCCACAGAUGCUAGAUAACUCCGCUGCGAUGAAUCAGCUGGGUUCAGCUCAAACGGGGUUACAACCUAUGGAUUUACCUCCCCCGGCACUGCAAGAAAGUUUCAUGGACACUUAUUUUCAGUAUUGCUAUCCGUGGUGUCCCAUUCUCGACAGCUCUAUCCUCUUCCCAGAGCAAGAGGAGUCCCGUUCUGUCCUCUUCAAUCAAGCAUUGGCUCUUCUUGGAAGCCGAAUACAGCCAUCAGUUCUACAGCAUGUCCCUCCGAUUGUGUACUAUAACCGUGCGAAAGCACUCUUUAAUGGGAACCAUGAAAGUAAUCCGAUAACUUGCAUGAAAGCGCUCCUGCUAUUUUAUUGGUGGGGUUCGGCCCCGAAUAGCCCCAGCCUCGAUACCGUAUGGUGGUGGACAGGUGUUGCCAUCAGGUUAGCACAGCAAAUCGGCAUACACAGAGAGCCAAAGCCCGGGCAAGUUAUGCGACCAAAUGAAUCUCCAGGUUUGCGGCGACGAAUUUGGUGGACAUUGUUUGCAAGAGAACGCCUAACAAGUAUAUGUCAGGGCAGGCCUUGUAUAAUUGACCCUUUGGACUGCAAUGUCAGGGAACCGUCACUGGAAGAUUUUCCAGAACCAAAGGACCAUUUCCGAGCGCAAAUUUUCAUAUAUUGGGUUCGACUUUCCCACCAUGUUGGCAAAGUUGCAAAAUAUCUGUUGCAAAGAACCGAAACGACACAAUUUCCGGGAUAUUUAGCUAGGCAUUUGGUUGACUGGGUUCAGUCCCUACCUGAAGCUUUGCGCUUACCCAUCGCAACUAAUCGCACAACUCCAUUCAACCGGGAUGUGCACCAACUACAUUUACCCUACCUCACGACAAUAACUCUUCUCUACCUCACAAAGUCCUCCCAGCCGCUCCCCAAAGCAUAUACCACUGCUGUCCUUUCUGCGUCCUGCGUUGCCCGUAUUUUCGAAGACCUUUUAGCCCGGGGAUCCAUUUCGUUUCUCCAAGGUAUGGCGGGGUGGCACAUCGCUGUUGCGAUCUUAGCACUGUUACAUGCACGUCGAAUACCAACCCUGACUGAAACUGCGGACAACCAUAUCGCCCUUCUUAAAAUCGCCCUAAAGGAGAUGGCCAAAAUGUGGCCGUCUGCAAACAUACUAGACCAGGAACUCGACCGCCUUCGCGCGAGUAAUAAAUUCCUCGUCUCCGAAGAGCGGUCCCCAACACACGCCAUGGACGUGCGACCCACCAACUCAUUAUCCGAAUUAGCCGAUCUUGCAACCGGCACACUUAUAAAUGUCAUGGACUUUUUCCCGUUUGCCACGAUCCAGACGAGUCCCCUGAUCGAAAUAUUGUUGACACAAAAUUCUACGAUGAUUUUCGCUGAUCUCGAAUGGCCGCGCGAUAUCUCAACCCAACUACAUGAUUUACUCGACUCGUUUGGAGGUGUUUAG